AUGUCCACACAACAACAACAACAACAACAAUAUUCAGGAGUAAAUAAAAUUAAUUCAGAAACAGGAUUAUUUGAAUGUAAUGAAGAAUUUAAAAGUAAAGAAAAAUUAGAAACACUUGUUUAUCAAGAUCCAGAGCAAGUUAAUGUUUUCAUUGCAUCAGAGAUUGUUAAGGCUAUUGAAAUUUCAAAUUCAAAUGGAAAACCUUUUGUAUUAGGUUUAACAUGUGGUUCAACUCCAUCAGGUGUUUAUGAUCAAUUGGUUAAAUUAUAUAAAGAAAAUAAAGUUUCAUUUAAAAAUGUUAUCACUUUUAAUGUUGAUGAAUAUUAUCCAAUUGAAAGAAAUAGAAUUCAAAGUUUUUAUAGAUAUAUGCAAGAAAAUUUAUUUGAAUUAAUUGAUAUUAAAAAAGAAAAUAUAAAUUUUUUAAAUGGUGAAAUUUCAGAGAAUGAAAUUGAUAAACAUUUAAAAGAAUAUGAAGAAAAGAUUGAACAAGUUGGUGGUAUUGAUUUAAUGUUAAUUCCAAUUGGAAAAAGAAUUGGAUUUAAUGAGUCGGGGUCAUUGGCUAAUACAAAGACACGUUUGGUUGAUUUGGAGCAAAAUACAAGAAUCGAUGCAGCAAGUGAUUUCUUUGGUACUGAACAUGUUCCACAUCAUGCAUUGACAAUGGGUUUAUCAACAAUGUUUAACUCUAAGAGAAUUAUAUUGAUGGCUUUCUCCGAGGGUAAGGCAUCGAUAGUUCAGAAGACAACCGAGGGUGAGAUCACUCCUGCUAUACCAUCAACCAUUUUUCAACGUCAUCAAAAGUGUCAGUUGAUAAUUGAUGAGGCUGCAGCUGUAGAGAUUACACGUUGUAAACAACCAUGGGUUAUUCAUUCCACUGGAACAACUCUUACAAUUAAGUGGUCACCAUUGUUGGCUAGAAAAGCUGUGAUUUGGUUAUCAUUGAAAUUGGGUAAACCAAUAUUAAAACUUGAGGAAGAGGAAUACCAUGACCAUAACCUAUCCUCAUUACUUAAAGUAUUUGGUCCAUGUCAUAAUUUAAAUCUUAAAGUUUUUAGAUAUUUACAAUCAACUAUUAAUGGUUGGCCAGGAGGUAGACCAAAUCAACAUCAUCCAACUUCACCAACUUCACCAAAAACAAAUAGUAGUGAUAAUAGUAGUAAUAAUAAUAAUAAUAAUAAUAAUAAUAAUAAUAAUAAUAAUAAUAAUAAUAAUAAUAAUAAUCAACAUCAACAUCAUGAUAAUAGUAGUUUUGAACAAAUUAAUAUUAUUAAUGAAAUGUGGGAUUAUGAUAGUAAUAUUAAACCAGUUUCAAAGAGAGUAAUUGUAUUUUCACCACAUCCAGAUGAUGAUGUGAUUAGUAUGGGUGGUACAUUCAUUCGUUUAUGUGAUCAAGGUCAUAAGGUUCAUGUUGCAUAUCAAACCAGUGGUAAUAUUGCAGUUUGGGAUGAUGAUGCUGUUAGAUUUGCAAAUUUCGCUAGUGAAUUUAGUAAACUUUUUUCAUUGGGUAAUGAAUCAGUGGAGAGAUCGAAUACCAUUGAAAAGAAUGUCAAUGAAUUCAUUAAAACCAAGAAACCAGGUCAACCAGAUUCAAAGGAGAUUCAAUUAAUUAAAGGGUUAAUACGUAAAACUGAGGCUCGUGCUGGUGCCCGUUAUGCUGGUGUGGCUCCUGAUAGAAUUCAUUUCUUGGAUUUACCAUUCUACGAAACUGGUGCUGUCAAAAAGAAACCAUUGGGUGAGGAAGACAUUGAAAUCAUGGUUCAGUUUUUAGAAUCAAUCAAACCAGAGAUCAUUUUCGCCGCUGGUGAUUUAUCAGAUCCACAUGGUACUCAUAGAGUUUGUUUGAAAGCUAUUCUAUCGGCUAUCGAUCGUUUGAAAACUCAAGAUUGGAUGAAAGAAUGUCAAGUUUGGUUAUAUCGUGGAGCUUGGCAAGAAUGGGAACCUGAAAGAAUAGAAAUGGCCGUACCAAUGUCUCCUUUCGAAUUGAUGAGAAAACGUAUGUCAAUCUUUAAACAUCAAUCUCAAAAAGAUGUUCCAGCUUUUCCUGGAACUGAUAAAAGAGAAUUUUGGGUUCGUGCUGAAUGUAGAAAUCGUGAAACCGCUAAAAUUUAUGAUAAUUUAGGUUUAACCGAAUUUGAAGCAGUAGAAGCUUUUGUUUCUUAUAAAAUUCCACAAUAA